AUGCGAUGGAGUGAUAUUAAAGAGGAGAGAGAAGACGUGAAGAUUGAAGACACAUUCAGACUCAAACAUGAAGAGACUGAGACACACACAGACAUGAUGGCGCUGAAAGAGGAGAGUCAAGAUCUGAAUCAAACAGGAGAUUUCAUAACCGGAGAAAAAUCUUUCUUUGAAAAAAGAGCUCAGAAGGCUGGAACUAGAAAAUGUUUCACCUGCCAACAGUGUGGAAGGAGUUUCUCUCAGAAAGGAAAUCUGAAGACUCACAUGAAUAUUCACACUGGAGAGAAGCCGUUCACAUGUGAUCACUGUGGAAAGAGCUUCACACAUCAAGGAACCCUUUAUACCCACAAGAGUCUUCACACCGGAGAGAAGACGUACACCUGCAAACUGUGUGGAAAAACGCUGAAUCGAAAAGGAAAUCUUCAGACUCACAUGAGAACUCACACCGGAGAGAAGCCGUUCACAUGUGAUCAGUGUGGAAAGAGUUUCACUCGUAAAGAAAGCCUUAAAAAUCACAUGCGGAUUCACUCGAGAGAAAGCUGCUGUGUAUGCCAUCAGUGUGGAAAGCGUUUCACCGACAGUAAGCACCUUAAGAAUCACAUAAUGACUCACACUGGAGAGACGCCUUUCAUGUGCCAUCACUGUGGAAUGAGCUGCGCAAACAACACACUAACCUUGAAGUCCACUUGA